AUGGAUAAUGUUUCUGUUGUAAGAAUUUUCAUUCUCUCAGGGCUAAAUGAGACAUACAAUUACAGAAUAACUAUAUUGACAUUCUCUUUAAUGUAUUACUGUAUGAUCUUGUUUUUCAAUAUCUCUAUCAUCAUGAUCGUUAUCCUCGAUCAAAACCUACAUGAACCCAUGUACAUCCUUUUGUGCAGUUUUUGCUUUAAUGGACUUUAUGGGACCACAGGUUUCUACCCCAAACUGCUCUUAGAUCUGCUGUCUUCCUCUCAACAGAUCUCAUAUGAAGGAUGCCUUUUACAGGCUUUUGUCAUGUAUUCAUUUGCCUGCUGUGAAUUAUCUAUUCUAGCCGUCAUGGCCUACGACAGAUAUCUGGCUAUAUGUCGACCACUUCACUACAACUCUGUCAUGACAAAGAGGAGGCUCUCUCAGCUCAUAUGUUUCUCCUGGCUAACACCUUUCUGCAUCUUUUCCAUCAACAUUGUGCUCACGUCAAGACUAAAUUUAUGUGGUUCAAAAAUUGACAGACUCUUUUGUGUGAACUGGGUAAUUGUUAAACUGACCUGCUAUGACGUUGAUACCUUUUCAAACAACAUAGCUGCAUAUUUUACAAUGUUCAUUUAUUUGGCUCAUGGGUUUUUCAUAAUUUGGACUUACAUGCAUAUGAUUAGAACUUGUCUGAGGUCCAAAGAUGACAGGGUCAAGUUUAUGCAGACAUGUGUGCCUCAUUUAGUCUCUUUAGUCACAUUCCUUGUUGCAAUGCUUUUUGAUUUGAUGUAUAUGCGAUUUGGCUCCACAGAUUUACCUCAGAGCAUUCAAAACUUCAUCGCUAUAGAAUUCCUGCUCAUUCCUCCUGUGAUGAAUCCUCUAAUAUAUGGAUUCAAACUGACAAAGAUACGAAACAGAAUUUUAGGUUUAAUUAACUUUGAAAGAAAAUGA